AUGGAUGGUCAGGAAACGAAGAAGCGGAUAAGCAAAAACCCAACAAGAUCUACAGUCAUCAGUCUCAGGGAUAUUCCUCCUCUGGUUCCAUCGACUAUCCCCGAAAAUUCCUCUCUGAAACCAAAAACAGUGACGGUCCCAGCUAAUGUUGCAAAGCUUAGAAAGGGGAAUGGGGUUGAAGAAGACAAUGUCAAAUCUUCCUUCUCCUCUAACAUUCUGAUUGAUCCUUACAGCACAAAAAGCGUAAGCAUCAUCACACAAGAGAACAAUCUUCCUCCUAAACCACAAGAAGAAGACACCAAACAAUUAUCUAAAGAUAAGUGUAUGAAAGGAUCAGCAAAAUCUGUGCUACACGAAAUCUGUGCUUCUAAGCGAUGGAAAGCUCCGGUUUAUGAGUGCUGCAAAGCUGAGGGUCCUUCCCAUAUGAGAUUAUUUACAUACAAAGUUGUGGUUGAGACUGAGAAUAUAGAGUCUUCAGGGAAAACUGUUUUGGAGUGUUUUGGGGAUCCCAAAGGCAAGAAGAAAGCUGCGGCUGAGCAUGCAGCAGAAGGAGCCCUUUGGUAUCUUGAGCAUGUAAAGCGAAACCAGUCAAAAUGA